CCCGAGGCCCCUCCCCUCCCCCUCUUUGCCACGCUCCCAGUGCUCCCGGUCCUCUGACUCCUUCUCCGCGGCAGCUGUCACUUCUCUCCGUCCCGUGGCCACCAUGUUCCGGGCUCCUCUCCUCCUGCUGCUUCUCUUCUCCUCUGCACUGAUCCGGGCGCACGCCGAGGAGGACGACAAUGACAAUGCUACCGAACUCGUCAUCGAGACUGUGGUGAAGCCGGAGACGUGCGUGGACACUGUGGAGUGGGGAGACACCAUUCAGCUGCACUACACGGGAAGACUUGAUGAUGGACGUGUGAUUGAUAGCUCCCUAUCUCGAGAUCCACUUGUGGUGGUACUAGGGAAGAAACAAGUGAUAUCAGGUUUAGAAAAGAGUCUUCUGGGAAUGUGUGUUGGAGAGAAGCGUAAAGUUGUUAUCCCUCCUCAUAUGGCUUAUGGAAAGAGAGGGUUCCCACCAUCCAUACCAGGUGAUGCAGUGCUACAGUUUGAGACUGAAGUCAUAUCAUUGUCUAAGCCCACCCAGUGGCAGACUUUGGUGAAUGAUGUGCUUCCCAUGCUGUGCAUUGCUUUAGUGCCCACCCUUUUAGGGCUGAUUGGUUACCACCUCUACUCUAAGUCCAAGUCUCCAACUGUGUCCAAGAAGAAACUGAAGGAAGAAAAAAAGAAUAAAGCAAAAAAGAAAUAAAGAACUCUAAUUUUCUCAAACA